GCAGUAGUUCCUUACAACGCAACAUUUCCAACGUAACUUUGAUAAACGAAGAUGAAGGUCGCAUCGUUCAAGAUUGUUUUCAUUAUCCUGGCUCUUAAUGCCUUCCCAUCGAAGCAAGUCGCUUUGGGAAGCAAAGCCUCUUCGACCUCGGCAGCUAUGAGUAUUCUGUCGCGCUGCCCCCAAAGCAAGUGCUUGGUAAGAUUCCUUCCCCGCUAAAGUUGGCCGGCUUGAGUCUUAAUGUUAUAAUAUUUUAGGGUCUGAGAUAUUGCUUUCUCUUUCUUAUAAAAUUAGACGGAUGCAGUUUCUUGCCUUGCCGGAGCGCAGUACAGCAACGCCAAUAACUCAGGUGUGAAGAGGGAAUACGCUAUUGUUUACUAUUUUGAAAGGAAAAGUCAUGAUUCUUCUUCAAGCUUCUUAAGUUUCAAAAGCAAAGCGGUCAAUAUUUCAAGAUACGAAUAAAUGAAAACAAGAGCCAUAAUGGCUCUUGAUGAAAACUUUGUUCCGUCUGAAAUUAAUUAAACGUAACGUAAUCUGUUUUUUUCUACCCAACUAUAAAAUUGUUUUACGACUCUAAACUCGCAAUUUUAAUACUAAAUUACUAAAAACAGCUUUUUAUUGAAGGAGAGAUGUGGCGGAUAACUACUUCAUUAAUUCAAACUUUUAUCUGACAAUUAAUCACUGAUUAUAUUAUUUUCCUAUUUGGUAUCUUAGAUCAGGCGAAAAAAGUGGAAAAACUAGAGAAAGAGGUGAGUUUCUAUUUCUCAAAGACGCUUAGCUCUAGAAAAAAGUGCAAAAAAAGGAAGGUUUUUCUUCAUGUCAUUUAACAUUCUAAAAGAUUCUUUUUUUCAUCCGAUGUUCACCAACAUCGAUCGGUGGUUUAAUUGGUUAUGUUUAAAGAGAGUGAAUUUAUCUUAUUUACUGGCGUUUGUUUAAGUCCAAAUAUAUUGAUGUAUAUUCUGAUCCCAACAACAUAUUUCCACGUCACAUCUUGCGGGGGCUUAGUGAUCACAGGAGACUGCCUUUAAGAGUGAAUUAGUUUUUAUUAUAGAUUUAAUGGUCGUGUUUAACAGCUGGAGAGUUCAAAAGAGUGUCAAAUAAUCAUUAUUAUAUUUCUUAUUCUUCUUUUCAUUGUCUUUUUAUUUAUUUAUUUAUCUCUUUAUUGCGGGCAACAAGAGAAGCCCAAAGUCGUAAUCGCCAGGUUUUUAUCACGCAUUCGUCGCAUGUAUGAAGCAAGCAUUAGUUUGAACUUCCACUAAGAAUGUACAGAAUGCACGGAACGCAAUUUCAUGACUCACGUUUAGACCUUCUAUCACCCGCAAUAUGAUCACGCGUGUUUCGACCAUCUAUCACGGAAAACUUGACUUUUGCAAAGCACAGCGUUAGAGCAAAAGCGUUUUGACCUUCGAUUGUUGUCCUCGCAAUUAGUAACCUUUGGUUAUUACUAGUUUACUUAUUUUUUUUUUAACUCUCCCAAAGGUCGCCAACUUAAAAGCAGAGCUGGCAAAAGCAGGCAAACCUUCUGGCUUCGCUAUGCUUGACAGCAAUGGUCGCCUCCCCCACAGCCUUCUUGACGCAGGUUAUGAUAAGUACUCUGCGUACGACUUGGCGUGGCAGUCUCUCCACAUGGCGGCUGCUGCUGCCUGCAGAGGUAGCACAGCUUCAGGAGGAUCUGGUUCCUGGGAUAACCAAGUGAUGACCAGAAACACCGCUGACAAGAAGACUUGUGCUUGGAUUUGUGCCCAGACUGCUUUCCGCAACUGUCACGCAGAGGUUUCUAUAUAUGGAAAGAAGGGCAAGGCCACGCAGAACGGAAUGACCGUGAGCUGGUUUUACAACUACGGCUGUAACUAUGCAGCCAAUGGAGGAAGUGAGGCGUCUAGUUCUGACGAAACUGUCUGGAACAAAGGUUACAGUUAUUUCAGCUUCUGUUGCUGUCGAAAGUAAAAUCCAGAACAGUUUUUGUUACCAGGGCGAUUAAAAU